ACCACAGCCGCACACCCCUACAUCCAGAAGCAUGGCAGCACUGACAUCGGUCGCUAGGUUCCUUGUAUACGCUCUGUGUACUCUCCUGUAUCGGCACUGUUACUGUCUCAAAUGCUACACUUGUCCCUUGACGUCAUGGGUGGACCCUGUGUCGACCAACCUGAACUGUUUGGCGAACAGCACCGAACAAACAUGCCUAGCUGAUGAGGACAGAUGCUACAGUGUGACGUCAGAGACAAGGGGCGUCACCGUUCAAAAAGGAUGCACAAGGAGUGAACGUUGCCUUGGAAACAGAAUCUGCUGCAGUCGGGAUUUCUGUAACGCAGGAUCCGACAGCCAUCUAAAGACUGGCCACGGGAAAGCAUGCACUGACGUUUCUUACUGCGUGCAAGGAGAAGGCAACAUGGUUUGCAGUGCCCGCAGUCAGGGUGGAGCAGCCAAGGUGUGCCGCUGUGAAGGGGCCAGGUACAAGUUCGGGGCCGUGUGCAGAAGUAUGAGCCGAGUGGGUGGACAUUGUCUUCAAGAUGAACACUGUCUUCCAUACAACUCUUUCUGUGAGAACAAUCGAUGCCGCUGCGGACACUAUUUCUACGCUAACGAUACAGUUUGUAUGAUCAAAGUUGGUUUGUCUGCAUGGUGCACAGAGGACUUCCAGUGUCGGCCGGAGCACUCUCAAUGUGAUGCUGGAGCUUGUCUGUGUAAACCGGGCUAUGACACACAGUUUGGAACAGGACAGUGUUCAGCAUGUGCAACACUGACAAAUCCUAUCUUUCUACUCUUCCUGAUGCCUGUCAUCUCUAUAAGGUGUGACUACAGAUAGAACAUAUCAGGCCACCACAUCCUCCUGAUCAUCUGUCAUCUGUGGAAUACGACUAUAACUAGAACACAUCACAGCUACCUUCUCCUGAUGCCCGUCUUCCUGUCAUCUGUGGAAUACGACUAUAACUAGAACACAUCACAGCUACCUUCUCCUGAUGCCCGUCUUCCUGUCAUCUGUGGAAUAUGACUACAUCUAGAACACAUCACAGC